AUGUCAAGACUUAAUCCGCUAUACGAUCCCAAAGUUCAGGCUUUGACGAAUGACCCCAUAUACAACUCCCUUCUAAGAUACCAUAGCCUUGAGGCUCAAACGCCUCAAACUGUAUAUGUCUCUUCCAAACCCUCGCAAGAACUCUCCUCUCGCCUCGAUGAAUCGUCUUCGGAUACUUGUUCUGUUAAACCUCAGGAUCCUCUUAAGUUGAUUAACACAAUGGACUUUAGAGACCUUCGAUAUAUUCAGAAAUCGUCUUGCUCUGACUCAUUUUUUGGGAUUUCACAGUUACGAACACCUCAUUCCACUUCUUUGGCCACUCGCAUGAUGGCUUCUGUUAGCCGGGUGUCUGCUCCUCAGCAUACUUCAGUUCCAACAGCGCAAUCGGAUAACACAGCUUUGUUUCGAGUAUCUCGUCUGAAUCAAAAGCAGCCCAGUUGUCCGAACCGUGGUUACGUCGUUCUUUUGGGCCGUUACAAAAGCCAACUCUAUGUGCAGGUAAUGUCACUUUUAGCUAAAUUCCUACUUCGUUGA